GCUCAGGAAGGUUGAGUAAUGGCUGAGCCCUGGAGUUGCUAGCUAACCUUGCAGAGCAGUCCUUGACGAGGCCAAGAGUUCUCCGUGUGCAACAAUAGCCUACGUGAUGAUGACUUGAAACCAGUAGAAGAAUCCAAGCUCAAAAAAACACUCAUAAGGAAAACUGUCGGCGAUGCCUGACGCUGGUCCAUGGGUGUGAGCCGUCUAGAUGUAAUUUAUAGAAGGCUACUCCUCACCAAACUCUUCAUUGGGGGAUGGGGGAAGCCCGAAGACCUCAAAAGAAUCUUUGAGUUCCGUAAGAUUAUUGGAGACAGAGAGAAGUGCAAGUCUCUUGUGCCUGAGGACUAUCCAGUUUACAUUAGCAAGACAGAGGAGCACUCCGACUUUCAUAUCCAUGAUGGGUUCUUCAUCUCUCCUCUGGAGCACUGGGUUCCUGGAAUUCUGCCACCAGAGGCUCUCAAAGCCAGUUUUCAGUUCAUAGUUCCUAAGAGAUGGCAGAAGAACAGACCAGUAUGCAUCCACUUGGCUGGGACUGGAGAUCAUUUUUUCUGGCGUCGGCGGACCUUGAUGGCGAGGCCCAUGAUCAAAGAGGCCGGAAUGGCUUCAUUGCUUCUGGAGAACCCAUAUUAUGGCUCUCGUAAACCUAAGGACCAACUGUGGUCCUGUCUAAAGAAUGUUUCAGACCUGUUUGUCAUGGGAGGGGCAUUGAUCCUGGAGUCAACAGUGCUUCUCCACUGGCUGGAGAGAGGAGGAUACUGGCCACUGGGAAUGACUGGCAUCUCUAUGGGAGGAUAUAUGGCAUCCCUGGCAGUGACUAACUGGCCGAAGCCCAUCCCUCUGAUUCCCUGUUUGUCUUGGUCCACUGCCUCAAGUGUCUUUACCACGGGUGUUUUGAGUAAAGCAGUGAAUUGGACAGAGCUGGAGAAGCAGUAUGCCAUUAACUCAGUGUAUGAAGAGGAGAUCACUCACCUUUUGGAGUACUGUGGGGCUGAUUCCUUAAGGAUGGGUACAGAGCCUCUGAAGAAUGCGGACACUAUAGAGUCGCUUCUGGGCCUGUCUAGAGGUGAAAGACCAUCAGUGGGCCAGUACACCGAAACUGGACGGGAGAGUGAGGUUGAACAAGGCCCGUUGAUUGGUGAUGGCCCUAAAGGUGGCAGAAAUGGAGACAAAGACCAUCUGUUAUCAUCAGUAAACAACAUUGGGACAAGUUUGGACACAAGAAGUCUACAUGCAAAGAGCACUCUGCAUUGGAAGAACAGGAAUUCAGCCAAAUGCUUUCGGCCAUCUUUGCAUAGAGAAUCGAUAAGCUUCAUGAAGGGUGUAAUGGAUGAAUGUACACACAUGGCCAACUUCUCUGUCCCUGUAGACACUGGUCUCAUUAUCGGAGUCCAAGCCAAAGAGGAUGCCUACAUCCCUCGUACAGGGGUCCUCAGUCUGCAGGAGAUCUGGCCUGGAUGUGAAGUCCGAUAUCUGAAUGGAGGACACAUCAGUGCAUACCUGUUUAAACAAAACGUCUUCAGACAGGCGAUAUAUGAUGCAUUCAACAGAUUCAGCCUGAAGUAUCCCAACUAGCCAUGGCAAGCAGAAGUCCCUUCCACCCUGUAACAACACCAGGAUCAUCAUUUUCGCAGAGGCCUGAAUUCUUCUGAGACGACCUGUGCCUGAGCUUAACAGUCUAUCCUUACUCGAAACUAAGCUUACAUCAGCUAAGCUCAGUCACUUUCAAAUUAUUUUAAUUUCCUGUGUCUGCAGAGGGCUUGGUUUUUGCCUUGUUGCCUCUAAAUCAACCUAAGCAACAGAAAUUGUGGCAGUAUGAAAUAGUGUUGUAGAAAGUGGCAACAGGAAUGUGGCUGUCUCAGAGACACUCACUUUGUGGUGAUGGACAAUCAAUCCUAUGGUUUUCACUGGCUCACUGGUCAACACCAGCAGACUGGUAGUGUCCAUCCUCAUGUGGGCUGUGUCUCACCUGGAGAAAGUGGGACAAACACACAUAAAAGUCACUUUAAUAGUACGAAUUUCAACACACUGUUAUGCACUUAAUAUAGAUUGAUUUAAAUUUCUUAUACAGCAUAUUAUAAAUACUAAAUGUCAAGAAAUACUGAUGAAAUGCUGGGAAUUACAUCAAAGAAAGAAAUUAGUCAGUGCUCAGUUUAAACCAUCAAUAUAUAUUAUCAAAUACAAUUAUAAAUGUUCCACAUUGAUAAACAUAUAUGGUGGUUACAUUUACAACCAAUAAGAUUGUUUUUCAUAUGGUUUGUGUUUUGCAUUUUUACUGCAGUAGCUACUCAGUUUAUGAACUUUCAGUAAUUACCUCUCUAUAUAUCGUGUUUUGAUACCUCCACGAUGGCCAGUGGCCGGAGGCAUGUUUUCAAGUUGGCCUUCCACCCUGUAUGUCUGUCCGUCUGUCCCAUUGUUGUGAAUAUGAUAUUUCAAGAACUCUUUGAGAGGGAGAGAGAUUAUUUGAAUCCUUUCGAUACCAUAUGUUUCUCAUAUUUCCUGGUCAAACAUAAAUCAAAGGUUCCUCACAGUACAGUUGGGAGCCAAGAGAAAGCAAUUCAAGGAGACAAGACAAUGUUUCUUUAUUUCUAGGGCCAAGGACAAUGACCUCAGUUUUGAGGUCAUUGCAGUUACUUCAAUGGUUUUGGAUUUAACUGCAAUACUGUUUACCCCUGAAACUCCAAAAGUGUGUGGUGGACUCAAACACUUCACCCCUCUAUUUGUAUAGUGAUGAGUAGAUAUCAUUUUUGGGUGAUCUAUCCCUUUAAAGCCCUUACAAGGAGUUUAUAACUGGUUAUGAAACUGAGAAAAAUCAACUUUUUCUAUAAGCUAUUUGGCAUUUGGCAUCUAGUUUAUGGCGGAUUUCUGUCAACAUCUGCAUCGAAAUUGACGACAGUCAGGCCGGAAAAAACUAUGUUUAUCGCCACAAGAAUGAGGUUCAAUUUCAACACUAAUUUAAUCCCUCAGGAUCCAACGUCCCCCAGACAUCACCUCCAUUACCGUCUUUCCAGCGAAAUGAUGUAUGUAGAUGGCAGAAGGAGAAGAAACAGAAGCAGUGGAAGUGAGGCAUUUCUGCACCCCUUCACCUACGUGAAAGGGAGGUGAAUGGGAAAUCAAAGAAUGCACUGGGCGGGCAGAGGUACGCAUUUCUUGGACAGAAGACAACAUCAUGGCAUUACAGGCAACUGCCAUGGCUCUCCAGGAAGAGGUUAAAACGCUUACUUUUAAAGUAGUUGGCUGUAGCAGGAGAAAUAACUUAAGGCUGGUGCGUCUUCCCAAAGGUGCAGAGGGAAGCAACACUUGCUCAUACCUCGAGCGUUUGCUUCCAGAGGCUCUGGAGAUGGAGCCGUAUAGUUAACACAGACAGGGCGAAACGGAUAGUGCUCUACAAGAACUAGCAAGUGAUGUACUUCCCCGCUCUUCGUACCGAAAUUCCCAGGCAGCAGAAGUGCCUCGACUGUAGCGGCUCUGAGCCAAUAGCGUUCGGUAUGGAAUCGUCUUUCCCGCUCGCUGGGUCUCCCACCGCAGCAGAUCCUGUAUCUUCGACACACCGGCCAAGGCGGAGCAGUUUCUUGAGAAGUUGGGCAGAGACAGGGAAGCUGAGAAGCGUAGAAGAAAUGGCGAUAAAGCUAUGUUGAACCCAUGUUAUAGUAUUUCUCUUGGGCGGUAUAUAGGAAUGGUUCUUUUAUUUUUUGUGCUGUUGGAAUUCUGUAAUUGUUGUGCUUUUCAUAAACUAAUAAAGAAAUUCCUUGCCAAA